CAGAUGAAGCAGAAAAAUCAGAAAAAGAGAAUCACCGAGAUAUGGGGUGAAGCAAGUAAAAGGUGGGCCGAGUUCGGUGGCAGCCUUGCCCAGGCGUUUCUGGGUUGAUGGACAGCUGCUGCCCGUCCCUUGUGCCAAGACGGUCAGGUAGGUAGCAAGCGAUUCUUGUCGGUAGCUCAAGCUUGUUGCUUGGUCGAUUCUUGUCAGUAAGCUGCGCACUCCUUUGGCACCAUGGCUGCUGCAAUGGGAUCUAUGAUGGCGGUGUCGGUGCCACGCUCGACAGGUCGUCUGUGCCUAUCCUGUGAUCGCACUGCCCAGCGUCAGCAGCAGCAGCAGCAGCAGCAGCAAGGAGGCGUGAGGAGGUCUAGCGCAGCCUGCAUGCGCAAGUCGAUGAGCCCGGCAUUCCAUGGGCUGAAGCGCGCCGAUGGUUUUGUACAGUGUGGCGUUCGUCGCGAUGUUGCCAGCAUCUGGUCUUCUUCUUUUGCAAGGUCUGCAGAGUCUUCGCAGAGAGCGGUGGGGAGAGGGAGGUGGGUGAUGGACGCGGCGACUCUCCCCGUCUUGUCCUUCGAUGGAGCGGCAACUGGGUCCGAAGUGACCAUGGACCUGAAGGUGGCAAGCAAGCAGACCGCACGUGCCGUCAUCCACAGAGGGGUAAUCACAGAAUUGCGUAAUAAGCGCCGAGGGACAGCCAGCACAUUGACGCGUGCUGAGGUCAGGGGAGGCGGCAGGAAACCCUACAAGCAGAAAGGCACAGGAAGGGCCCGAAGGGGAUCGACGCGCACGCCACUGACAAGAGGGGGCGGUGUUAUUUUUGGACCCAAGCCCAGAGAUUGGAGCGUGAAGAUUAACAGAAAAGAGAAACAGUUGGGAAUAAGCACAGCCAUCCAGAGUGCAGCGCCCAACGCACUGGUCGUGGAGGAUUUCGACGAACAGUUUGCAGACCAGCGUCCCAAAACGAAGAACUUCAUCGCCUUCCUCAAUCGUCUUGGAAUCGCUAGCGGGGACCAUGCGCUUGUGAUGACGACAACGAUGAACGAGAAUGUCUAUAAGUCGAGUCGGAAUCUGAAGAACUUGAAGCUGAUAACUCCAAGGACGCUGACGGUGUACGACAUACUGCGAGCAGACAAGGUCGUGUUUACAAAGUCCGCUGUGGAGUACUUGAACAACAGAUAUGGGGAAGAAAAUUUUGGGAAGUUGAGCGAAACGGAGGAUGAGGGAGAAGAAGAGGGGGAGGAGGAGGGGGAAAACAAUGAAGGGGCAGAGUAAGGAGGGAGGGAGGGACGUAGAAAAAAAUUCAUGUGUCUGUUUGAUGUUUGAUGUUUGUUCGCGGAGAGAGAGAGAGAGAGAGAGAGAGAGAGAGAGAGAGAGAGAGAGAGAGAGAGAGAGAGAGAGAGAGAGAGAGAGAGAGAGAGAGAAGGUAGGUUGGGAAGUGAAGGGGUAAAAUGUGAAAUUCUCGACACGAUUUAUUGAUGGGUAGGAGGUGUCUCUGAGGGGUCUGCAACUUCAUGCAGGUUUUAUUUCAGUGGUUGAAAUCUAUCUUGUAGUCUUUCCAGUUAUCAGCAGUUCCACUCUAUCCGUCUGUUAGCAGUACUGACAAAAGAAGUCUGCUGCGUUAUGUUUUUUUUUCAGAUGUUUUCUCUCCCAAAGACGGCGUGUGUCCUCGUGUGUGUGUGUGUUAUAAACACCUGGGCUACCAACCGGCCGCCCGCGGCUGCCCGGCACAGGCGGGCAAGGGCCAGGUAAGGUUUGGGCAAAAAAAAAAAAAAAAAAAAAAAAAAAACCAAAAAAAAAAAAAUAAAAAAAAAAAAUGUUAUGGAGAGAAAUAAAUUAAACAAGAUUUA